UAUGAUUAUACUAUGUUAAUAAGGAGAUAUUUUUGAUAUUUUGUAUGCCAGUUGAACAUCUGGUUUUUCUCAGUUUACAAGAAUAAACCAUUAACUUAAACUUUGGCAUGGAUUGUAAAAGAAUUAUAUUUACGAGUUUGAGCAUUCUUCUUCUUUUACCAAUGAUAUGCAAUUGCGACUUUAAUUUAGUGACAGCAUGUGAAAUUAAUGAGAGUGAAAGAAUUCGUAUUGGUGACACAGAUAUUCAUGCUGAUAAUUGCUCAAAUGAUUUUAGAAAAAGAUAUGCAUGUUACGAUCCCAGUUAUGGAUGUUUUAUAUCAAAACAACAAGUUCCUGGCUUUACUGUGAAAACUGGUAGUUUAGGGGGUUUUGACAUAUCUUCAACAGCUUCAUCAGACCCUUUGGCCAAAGAUCCCAGAAUAUGUGCAAAAUAUUGCCUUGAACUGCCAAAUUGUAUGAGUUUUGUUUUGUCGAAAAAUAUACAUUCAGGACGAUACUGCUUUCUUAAGAAUAAGCUAAUAACACAAUCUACAACACAUACAAAUUACCUCUCCUAUAAUAGAUAUGCUUUUCCAGAUUCUACUUGUACAAUUGGUUCUUGCACUACUGAGCCAAACACUCCAAGUGUCUCAACAAAUCCAAGUUAUAAUACUUGCAAAGCAGCCUGCAAUACUGACUCGUCCUGCAAAUAUUUUACAGUUGGUAUGGAUAAAUGCCAUUCUCAGUCUGAUUGCCAUAGAAAUCCUAAUGUUCUUAAUAAGCUUUUAUGCACAAAGUCUGUACCAGCACUCCAUCCUCCAUCAUCUACUUGUGAGAAAAAUAUUGCUAAUGCACUCAGUGACUUAAAUAAUUCAACUUGUAUAGAAUCAAAAUCUUUACCAUUCAUGUCAAGGUAUCCAUUUCCAGGAGUAAAUAAGCCACUUUCCCCAAUUCUAUUGAGUGUGUAUGGAAAGAAUUUGUCUUGUUCAAAUGGAGAAUUUAAUAACUUAUUGGUUUAUAUACCAAUUGAAGAGCAAUUUGAAAUAAAAUUUGAAGGUAAAUUCAAAGUUUGCAAAUUGUUAUUUUCCAAUUUGGAAACUUGCCAAUAUAGUUGCAAUUGCAAUGGGAGACACUGCGAAGGUGUAUAUAUUGUAGCUUUUCUACAAAAUUCUCAACUCUGUGAAAUUUCUUUUGCAUAAGUUUUUCUUAUCAAUAAAAAGCAUAUUUGUCAA